CUGGCCUCCGAGCAGUUGCUACUCAGGCGGCCGGCUAGAGCUACACCCGUGGUGGGAGGCUGCCCAAGCGUGAGGUGGCGAGCGGGUGUGCUCUCCGGAUCUUUGGAACAGUAACCCCGGGGCCUGGAAAACGCAACGGCCAGCUAGGAGGUCAGUGCGCGGCGGGUUCGAGAUGGGGUCCCAGGUGUCCACGGACGUGAGAGGUGUGCACGUGGUGAUCGUUGGCGGAGGCUUCGGCGGGAUUGCAGCCGCCAGCCAGCUGCAGGCGCUGAAUGUCCCCUUCACGCUGGUGGAUGCCAAGGACUCCUUCCACCACAACGUGGCAGCCCUCCGGGCCUCCGUGGAGAGCGGGUUUGCCAAAAAGACAUUUAUUCCCUACUCGGUGAGCUACAAGGAAAGAUUCCGGCAGGGCCUGGUGGUUGAGAUCGACCUAACGAAUCAAACGGUGCUGCUGGAGGAUGGCGAGGCGCUGCCCUUCUCACAUCUCAUCCUGGCCACUGGCAGCACUGGGCCCUUCCCUGGCAAGUUGAACCAGGCUUCCAGCCAGCAGGACGCCAUUCAGGCCUAUGAGGACAUGGUGCAGCAGGUCCAGCGCUCGAAGUCCAUCGUGGUGGUGGGUGGAGGCUCCGCGGGAGUGGAGAUGGCGGCAGAGAUUAAAACAGAGUACCCCGAGAAAGAGGUCACUCUUGUUCACUCCAAGGUGGCCCUGGCCGACAAGGAGCUGCUGCCCUGUGUCCGGCAGGAAGUGAAGGAGAUCCUGGUCCAGAAGGGCGUGCAGCUGCUGCUGAGCGAGCGGGUGUGCAAUCUGGAGAAGCUGCCUCUCAACGAGUAUAGAGAAUGCAUCGAUGUACAGACGGACAAAGGCACGGAGCUGGCCACCAACCUGGUGAUUGUCUGCAAUGGUAUCAAGGUCAACAGCUCUGCCUACCACAGUGCCUUUGAUAGCCAGCUGGCCAGCGAUGGCGCCCUGAGGGUGAACGAGUACCUCCAGGUGGAGGGCUACAGCCACAUCUAUGCCAUCGGCGACUGUGCCGACGUGAAGGAGCCCAAGAUGGCCUAUCACGCCGGCCUCCAUGCCAACAUCGCCGUGACCAACAUCAUCAACUCCAUGAAAGAGAGGCCCCUCAAGGCCUACAAGCCAGGUGCACUGACGUUCCUCUUGGCCAUGGGCAGGAACGAUGGUGUGGGCCAGAUCAGUGGCUUCUACGUGGGGCGCUUCAUGGUUCGGCUGGUCAAGAGCCGGGACCUGUUCGUCUCCACAAGCUGGAAAACCAUGCGGCAGUCUGCACCCUGAGGAGGAGGCUGGGAGGGAGACGAGGCACCGCUGUUGCCAGCUGAAUGGAUUGCUUGACAAGUGGUACCCGCCUGACAAAUGCCAAGGACACUUCUUCUGGAGUAAGAUGCUAGUGAGGUACUCACCAGAAACACAACUUACAGAUAACCAAAAAUGAAGAGAGAGAGAGAGAGAGAGAUUAAAAGGACACCUCCCCAGAGGAUUCUCUCUGGGUUGGAAAGGUCUGCUUGCCAUGUGCUGGCCCACUGCUUCACUUGGUCCUGGGAGGGCAAGGCCAGCCUCAUCUACCACAGGCUCCCCUUGGAUGUGUGUGCGUGCAUAUGUGUGCAUACGGGUGUGGUGUUCAGAACACGCACAGGCAGAGCUGGGGCUCCUCAUGGCUGGCAGCCUGUCUGGAGGGCAGGAAGGGGGGACCUGCCAGGUGAGACUGGCUACGGAAGGGGAUCUGCACCCCAGCUUCUCCAUGGUUUGGGAGGUGGGGAAGCCCACACAUCCCACCACACUCAGGUUGUCAGUAGGAGCCCAUUUUAAAACUCUUAGUCCCUACUGUCUUUAAUCUUAAUGAAACUGCAUUUCCAUUUUUAGAUCCUGAUUAUAUACCAUAGGUUACAUUUACGAAGAAGGAGAUAAAAAAAAUCUCCCCCUUGGUCAGUCCGUUGUAACAGUGAGUUUUUACAGAGCUAAUGGAAGUGAAGACCGGAGGGAAGGCCGCCGAGCUCAUGUGACCUCUGGGCUGGUUGCCAUCUGGUUCACAUUCAGGGAGCAGACAGGGCUUCCUCGGGCGACCCCCGUGGGCCUCCAGGCUGCUGUCGUGGGCAGACUUCUAAGUGGCAAAACUCUGAUGCUGGGGGACCCUUGGUGGUUUUGUGCUUCUGGUUUCUUGGCCAACCCUAAUACCAUUUACCUGGAGACCCAGCCAUGCAGCAAUAACGCCUGCCACCAACUCUGUUAAGGUAUAUAAAUGGCUCUUCUAUUUGGGAGAGACCUUCUAGUCUGGGGGAGCCUGUUCUGGACCACGUGAAGUUAAGUCUCUACCGCCCGAGUGGUUGACGAAUUCAUCUGGAUACACGGGUUCUGCCCUGCCCACCUGCCUCUCCCUGUCUGCUUUUGAUGGGUGUCUCUGGCUACUUGGCCAGAGUCCUUGGACACCAGUCUCACUGGGGUUCUCAGUCCAUCCCGCUGGGGCUGUGGCCUGGGCCCGACUGGGACAUGGUCUCUCUUCCAAAGCCUGGCAGUCCCUCUGGGGCUUUGCCCAGGGCUGUGUUCCUGUGAACCAAGGCUGGCCAGGCCCCGCUGCUGCCUGAGAGACGGGCCAUUUCGUGCUGUCUGACCUGGGGCGUCGCAUGGCGGGACUCUCAGCCGGUGAGAGACAGGCCUUGUUCUAUUUAUAACAUUCUAGACGUGUCCACCCAUGGGGACAGUUUUCUAAACUGACGAAAAUGUUGCAAUAAAACAGUAUGUUGUAAGAAAGA